AUGUCAAGCCGUCCGAGAGGCUUGCCGCUCUGGGGGGAUCUUCUCAUUUCUUUAUUCACUCUUUUCUCGUUGUACAUCGCCUCUGAUGCGUCCGCUACAGCCUCCAAUGAUACCUUACUAUGGGGUCCCUAUAGGCCCAACCUUUACUUUGGUGUCCGACCACGUCUAUCCAAUAGCUUGACGACGGGACUGUUGUGGGCGAAUUCUGAUAGCUACAGUACGACGCAACGGAAUUUUCGACAUACCUGCGAACAAAAUGAGGGAAUGGCUGGCUACGGCUGGGAAGAGUACGAUGUUCGAAAUGGUGGCCGCCAGGUUAUACACGACACGGAGAAUAAGAUUGACCUGACAAUUGACUUUGUCAAGGUCCCUGGAGGACAACAUGGGGGAAGUUGGGCGGCCCGAAUCAAAGGAACUCCGCGGGCGGAUGCUCCAGAUACUUUAGUCACCACCAUGAUCUUCUAUGCUGGCAUGGAAGGACUUGGGGAGCUACUCUCUACUGCCAGCGAGCCAGAUCCAGACGGUGUGGUCACUCUGCGUGGCCAAACAAAUGAUCUUGGAGAGUUCGACAUUACCUUCACCGAGUCACCGGAGAAUUUGUUGCCAUAUAAGACACACCCUUCCUGGGAUGCCAAACCCCUCGAUCGGCCGCUGAUGUGUAGCUUACAAUUGCCCCCCGAAGCGCUCUGGCAAGCCAAGAAUAUUGCCUUCGCCAGCAUGAAGCAGGGUAUUGACGCUUUGGUGAAAGAAUACGGCCAGGAAAAUAUGCCACCAGCAUGGCACGCGUUCACAAUCCAACAAGAUCCCGGUCCGGGCAACUUUCACAUGGUCCAGAAGGUAUUUGUCGGUCCGUUUGAAUUUGAUGUCUUGUUCAAUUCCGCAACCGGUCCCUCUGUAUCCUCUGAAUCUUUGGCCCAAGCCAUCUCCACUACAUCAGACAGCUUCAAAGCCAAAUUCAAGGACGUGUUCAAACCCCUGGCACCAUUCACUAAACCAGUCUACACGGCCUUUUCGGAGUCGUUGUUCUCCAAUCUCUUUGGCGGAAUCGGAUAUUUCUAUGGCGAUUCAUUGGUCGACCGCUCUUAUGCCCCUGAGUAUGACGAGGACAAUGAAGGAUUUUGGGAAGAGGCGGCAGAAGCUCGAGCUCGAGCCGAGAUCGUGAGGGAUCCGCCGGUCGAGUUAUUCACCAGCAUACCUUCACGACCCUUCUUCCCUCGUGGUUUCUUGUGGGACGAAGGUUUCCAUCUCGUCCCCAUCGUAGAGUGGGAUCUCGACGUCACAAUUGAGAUUGUGAAAUCGUGGUUCAAUUUGAUGGAUGCGGAUGGCUGGAUUGCUCGUGAGCAAAUCCUCGGACCCGAGGCCCGCAGCAAGGUCCCGCCAGAAUUCCAAGUCCAGUACCCUCAUUACGCUAACCCCCCGACUCUGUUUCUAAUCAUUGAUAUCUUGAUGGACAAAAUGUCAGACGGCUCGUCCUCAGCUCGAAAAGCUCGCAUUGAAUCAGAGCUCCGAUAUCUCUAUCCUCUUCUCAAACGGCAAUACUACUGGUUCCGCCGCACUCAAUUCGGCGACAUCAAAUCUUACGAUCGAGAAGCCUUUUCAACCAAGGAGGCCUACCGCUGGCGCGGCCGCACGCCUCAGCACAUGCUCCCCUCCGGGCUCGACGACUACCCGCGCCCGCAACCGCCUCACCCCGGCGAACUCCACACAGAUUUGAUUUCCUGGGUGGGAAUGAUGUCUAAGACUCUAUCACGACUGGCAGCCGUCCUCGGCGAAAACGACGAUGCCUCUGAAUUCACCGCCCAAAGCAAAGCCAUCCUCCGCAACAUCGACGACUUACACUGGUCCGCCGAGCAUAAAGCCUAUUGUGACGCCACAAUCGACGACUACGAAGACUCCGUCCACGUCUGCCACAAAGGAUACAUCAGUCUGUUCCCAUUCAUGACUGGUCUCCUACCCGCCUCCCACCCCAAUCUCCCACACGUCCUGUCUCUGAUCUCCUCCGAGUCCGAACUCUGGUCCCCAUAUGGCAUCCGCUCACUCUCAAAAUCCGACGAAUUCUACGGCACAGACGAGAACUACUGGCGCUCCCCCAUCUGGAUAAACAUGAACUAUCUGAUCCUCCAAAACCUGCUGACUGUAGCGCAGAGUGCCAAUGCGCCUGCCAAAGUCAAGACCCAGGCCGCAAAGAUCUAUUCCGAGCUCCGCGUCAAUCUUGUCAAUAACGUGCUUGCCCAAUGGGAGCGUACAGGUUUUGCGUGGGAGCAGUAUAAUCCUGAGACCGGCGCCGGGCAGCGUACACAGCAUUUCACCGGCUGGACCAGUCUGGUCGUCGUGAUGAUGCGUAUGCCGGAUUUGGGUGCUGAGGCGGGGAUCAAACAUAGCGAGCUGUGA